AUGAUAUACUUUUUUUUUUUCAGAAAAUGCCUCCUUGAUAUCCCGGAGAGAUAUCUUCUUCUUCUGAACAGGCCGUGCCUGGGGGACAUGUUCACCACGUCUUGUGCUCUUUUUCUGUCAUCUUUGCACCUGUGUCUAUGCGUCGACCUCAUCUACUACGCCACAGAAGGUAAAAAUCCAGGGACCUUCCUGGGGGAUCUAGCAGCAGAUACGAAUCUCAUGGAAGAGAAUGACCAUAAUUCCAUUAGCUUCAUCCAGUUGGGAGAAGACGUCAUGGACAGCUUUCAUUUGUUCCGCGUUUCAAAAACGACCGGGAAAUUGUACACGGCUCAAAUGCUGGACGCUGAGUCUCUCUGCAAGCGUAACACCGAAUGUUUUCGGACAGUGGAUGUUGCCGCCCAGCAAGGCGAGACAUUCAUGCAGAUAUUAGAAAUUAAGAUAAUAAUACAAGAUAUAAACGACCAUCAUCCGAAAUUUCCAGUCAAGCAAGUGGAUAUUGAAUUUUCUGAAGAUGAUAGGAAGGGUCGAGGACGCUUGAUCCCCAGCGCCAUCGACCAGGACGUCAGUUUUCUCAAUUCCCAGAUCACGUACGAACUGAGGAAAAAAGUAAAACCUUUCACGUUGAGUAUUUCAAAUCGUGUCGACGGUACGGUCGACCUGCUGAUAAGUCUUGAAGACAAUCUGGAUAGGGAAGUGACUGACGCUUAUGACCUACAAGUUGUAGCCAAAGACAAAGGUACACCCGCAAAGCAGGCCAUAUUGAACGUCAGAGUAUCUGUGUUGGAUGUGAACGACAAUAUUCCAGUCUUCCCCCAAAAUCUUUACAAUGUCUCCGCCAUCAAUGAACAUUAUAGCUCAAUGCCAUUGGUCGUUCUUUCCGCUACAGAUUCGGACUUAGGUAAAAACGGCGAGGUGUCGUAUCGUUUCAGCUCCCAGACACCUGAAAAUAUUAGAAGUCAUUUCGAAUUGCAAGAGACAACGGGUGAGAUUUUUCUCUGCAAGAAAUUCGUGCCAGGCCAGGAACUCAAAUCGAAGCUUUACGUGAAGGCUGUCGACGGGGGUACUCCACCUCUGAGUUCAGUCGUUAUGGUGCUGGUCAACGUGAUAAGCCAACAAAACAACGAACCGAUCAUAGAUAUAAAUUUUGUGUCUGUGUCGACCGGAAAGAUCGCCACCAUUUCCGAAGGUGUCCGAGUUGGUAGCUUUAUUGCCUAUGUGAAAGUCACUGAUCACGACGUGGGACUUAAUGGCGAAGUCGCUUGUAAUAUCCAGCAUGAGAAAUUUCAGCUUCAGGAUCUAAGUCCCAAAAAAUAUAAAGUGACCAUAAAACAAUCUUUAGACCGAGAAACAGAAACUCAUCACGACGUCACUAUCCGUUGCCAGGAUAAAGGUUCCCCUCCGUUGCACCGUGAAAGUAAAUUUUCCAUCCAGGUUUUAGAUAUCAACGACGUAUUACCAACAUUUUCCAAACAUACGUUCCAUUUUUGGACGGCCGAGAAUCAGAGAUCUAAAGUUCUUGUUGGUUACAUCACGGCCACAGACCCAGAUCUCGGACCAGGCGGACAGCUGACAUAUACGAUGUUGAAAAGUCAAGAACAGUUAUUACCUUUUCAUUUAACAGACGACGGGUUCAUAUCCACCACGUCAUCUCUCGAUCACGAACUUAAAGACGUCUACAAAUUUCGGGUGCUAGUUAGGGAUAACGGGACGCCAUCUUUGAAUAGCACAGCGGACGUCGUCAUUGAAGUUACGGAUGUGAACGACAACGCCCCGUAUUUCACCUUCCCCGGUGUCAACCCGUUCACGUUUGAGUUCAACUAUCAUCCGCGUAGUAAAAACAACAUCACCAUGUUAAAGGCGUCGGACAGUGAUAGCAGAGAAAAUGCUUUUCUUAAAUAUGAAAUAACGACAGGAAACGAGAAGCAGUUAUUCACGAUCAACAGAUACACUGGGUUGUUAUCUUUCACUCGUGUGCCGUCUCAAGAGGACGCUGGAUUUUACGAUCUACACUUCGCCGUAAAAGACAGCGGUAGACCCGUCCGGUCGGCAGAAACAGUGGUCUCUCUAAUGCUGAUCGUUAGUAACGACACGUCCGAGCUGCAUUUCAUGGAUAUAUCCAAAUCGGAAGAGGCGAUGGAUGUAGGUCUGCUUAUUCUCACUGUCUUGUUGGCCGUAGUAGCCUCCAUAGCUCUUGUGAUCCCUAUCACUAUUUGUAUUAUUAGAUACAAUGACCGAAGGAACGCGUCUCGUAGAAACCAGGUCAACCCGAAUCCGUGCACCAAAUGUACGACAGAACCGGAACCGGAAAUGGAAGAAGAAAGUCAGCAUCCGGCUACUGGAGGGACGGCCAUGAUUCUCCAAACGACAACUACCGAGGUACAAAAAAAAAGUGAAAAAGAAUAA